CUUCAUGGUUGCUGCCUCUAAGAGAAGCUGUGGCAGAUGAUGCAAAGAUGGCGCGAGCAGCUCUGCUUCUCCUUUUGCUAAACUUCUCUGUCUGCAGCGGGUUUGGCUUCAGGAGCUGCUCUCAGAAUUAUGCAGAGGUGGAUCACAUUUGGUGCUUCAACAGAAUGAUUGUUAACAUUUCUGGAGUGGUGAGCAUGCUCCCUGAAAACACAACUGCAAUCAACUUGUCCAAGAACAUGAUCAGAGCCAUCCCACCUGGAGCGUUUGCUCGUUUUGCUGGACUGAAACAUCUGGACCUGAGUCAAAAUAAGCUGUUUAAUCUGAAAGGUGAAGAAUUCAAAAGCCUUCAUCUCAUGGUAUUCCUCAACCUCUCCUGCAACAACAUCUCUAACAUCCACUCGAACACAUUUGAGGGACUCACCAGUCUGAAAGUCCUUCUUCUGAGCCAAAACAACCUUUCAGGUGUAUUCGGUCUUCUCUUUUAUCUCCUCCCUGCCAUUGAAGUCGUUGAUCUGUCUCUCAACAGGCUCAGGUCUUUCAGCUGUGAAGAAUGUGGAAGCUCAUUAACUCUAAAGUAUCUGAAUCUUUCAGUAAACAACAUCCAGAAGGUGAAUGUGAGCUGUUUCCCUGCCCUGACGUACAUCCAACUGUCCAACAACACAGAACUGGAGCUGAGGCCAGAUACUUUUGACUCAAACCAGCAGCUGGGCACUCUUCUCCUUCAGUCGGUUAAAGUAGAAGGUCUAAUGGGGCUUUCUGGACAGACAAAGAGGGAUCUCAUCCAUGUAUCUUUUUCUAUGUUUGCUGAGACGUCUCCGUGGAUGAUCUGUGAUGUCUUGAGAGAAAUGGACAACGUCUCCACAGUAGAGGUGGACCUAAAAGGAUCCAAGUUACCUGCGAGCAACACCAGCCUUCUGGACUGUCCCACUCCACCCACGUUAAUAAUCAAUGAAGCAAAAUUAGGGAAUGUAGCUCAUUUGUCUUCAGAGAUGAGCAACACGAGCAAACUUUAUCUCAUCAACUGUGGUUUAAAGCAGAUAUCAAAUUCAACAUUUGAGGUUUUCACAGCAUUGAAAACACUUUAUCUGAACAAAAAUUCUGUGGAUAUUAAGCCAGACACAUUCAGAGGCCUGACUGAGCUGACAUUUCUAAGCUUGGACAGGAACAGAAUACGUAACAUUGACCUUCGAUGGUUCGUCCCUCUGAAAAGUCUUCAUCGCCUGUCUCUUAUGAAAAAUGAGAUCACUGAGCUGGAACCGAAUAUAUUUCAUGCCCUGACCCAACUUGAGCAGCUCUACCUGCAGUUUAACCUGCUAAAAUCCCUCAAGAAGAAGACUUUCGGUAAUCUGUACAGGCUGAAGAAACUGAACCUCAGUUUGAACCUAAUUUGUUUUAUUGAAGAAGGCACUUUCCAGGACCUGAAGAACUUAAGAUACCUCGACCUAAGUGGGAACCGGAUCAGUAGGGUGACGCCAUCUAUUCUUUCUGGCCUUAAAAAACUGACCCACAUUAUUCUCUAUAACAACCGCCUCCAUUUCAGAUCCUAUGAAGCCCCUUUUAUCCACCUAACUUCACUGGAGCAUCUGGAAAUGAGAUACCAGGGACCUGGAGGGUCUGGCAUUGGUGACAUUGGACCAGAUUUCUUCAAAGGUCUACAGAAACUGAAAUGCAUGCAAAUUGGAAACAGCGUCAAGAUGAAUGUACAUCCUGGCGCCUUUGCUCCUCUGAUCAGUUUGAAGAUCCUAUACAUAUAUGGAGUGAAUUUGAAAGACACCAACCUGACUGCAGUGCUGCUACCUCUAAAAGGCCUUUCGAAGCUGAUAUUAAACAGGGCUGAUCUGGACACCCUACCAGCACACCUCCUGCCUCCAAAUAAUUCCUUGGAAAUUCUUAGAGUUCAGUCAAACCACAUCCACACAUUGAGCAAGGAAAUACUGGAUAAUCUGCCAAGACUGCGAGUUUUUGACAUUUCAGAAAACCAACUAAGCUGCACUUGUGAUAACGCUUGGUUCAAAACCUGGGCUAUAAACAACACUCAGAUACAGGUGCCUUACCUGUACAAUUUGGAGUGUGACAACGGCAGGUCUCGCUACCUGUGGCAGUUUGAUGACAAGGCCUGCUCCUAUGACCAGAUUUCUUUGACUCUCUUCAUCUCCUGCACUGUGAUGGAUGUGCUGUUUGUGUUUGUGUGUCUGGCUUGGCAUAUCCAGGGUCCUACCCUGCGCUUCCUGCUGCUCAUGGUCAAAGCGAGGCUUAGAGGAAGAAAGAGGGGUGCAGGGGCUAAAUUUCAGUAUGAUGCUUUCAUCUCCUACAGCUCCAAGGAUGAGGACUGGGUGAUGGGACAGCUGGUGCCUAAUCUGGAGAGACCAGAUGUUGGUGCACCGAGGCUCAGGCUGUGCCUGCACCACAGAGACUUCCGCCCCGGUGCUGCGGUUCUGGAGAACAUCGAGGCAGCAAUCUAUAGCUCUCGACACACCAUCUGCGUGGUAACUCGCUCCUACCUGCAGAGUGAGUGGUGCUCUCUGGAGUUUCAGUUGGCCAGUGUGAGGCUUCUGUGUGAUGGGAGCGAUGUCCUUCUGAUGGUGUUCCUUGAGGAAAUCCCUGAGCACUGCCUGUCCCCCUAUGCACGACUGCGUAGGAUUGUGCACAGAAAGACUUACCUGCUGUGGCCGGAGAACCCUGUAGAGCAGGAUGCCUUCUGGGUCAGACUGAAGGACGCUUUAAAAGACAGUAAAGACCUGGAGGAGGAAGGGGAGGGAGACGUUGGAGGAGAGCAAUGGUUGACUCCAUUAAUCGGCUGA